AUGAGCGGCGACAUCUUUGGCCUCAAGAAGAGGAAGAGCGGCAGCGGCGGGGACAUCUUCGGCCUGAAGGGCAGGGAGAAACGGAGCAAGACCGAAGCUGCGGAUGCUCAGCCCCGGAACAGCCUCCAGCACAGCUCCUCCUUCGACGAGCGGGCGGACCUCCUCGGCGACCUGCUGGAGGAGGACCGCCGCGGCACCCCGUCUGCGUCAGCGUCGGAUCCGGCGUUUGCAGCGGAUGGCGGGGUGUUCGGGGAGGGCGAGGGGCCCGAGUGCGAGGGCGACGGGAUCGACGGCGCGGUGGAGGAGAUCACCUCGCUUGGGCCUGGGCACCUCGCUUCGUACCCCGUCGAGAUUGGCAUGCUGGCCGCGAUGCAAGGCAGGUGCGACGAGGGGGAAAAGGUCGAUUUGGCCGCAAUCGUGGCCGAGAGGGCUGUCAAGCCAAGAAGGGCCGCUGGAGGGCAGCCGCCAGGCAGCCGCGAGAAGGCGCGCAUCAAGGGCAACCAGGGCUGGGUGCCGGGCCGGGGGGCGGGAGAGGCCGCGCCAACCACCCCCGCGGCCCCUGCUGCCCUGGGUGGGGCAGCCCCGCGUCGGGCCGCCCAUUUGGAAGAGAGCGGGGCAGAGCAGGCCUCGCCGCGGGCCCGCGGGGGCCCCGCGAAGGCCGGCGUCGGCAUCUACCCGGCGCUCAAGAGGGGCCACCCCCGCAUGCACGACGAGACGAUCGAAAAGUACAAGCGGAGGAUCUUCGGCCUGCCGCAGAAGGCUAUGCAGCUCAUCGUGGAGGGCGCGCAGCGCCUCGUGAGCUCCCCACAGAAGAUGACGGGUGAGCCUGAUUUCAAGAAUAACCAUGGACGUGGGCCUGCCGGCUACACCGUUGACCCCCAGGCACGAGCUCUGCCUCUGAAGUUGGGCGAGUUGGUGGAGUCGAUGUCCGACUUGGACGACGUGGCUGGCCAUGUGGUGACACUCGGAAUCCAGACGCCCAAUGGGGAUGGCAAGGUGUUCGCAGUUGACGGGGCGCCCCUUGUCCAGGGCGCCUUCGCGGUCGGCGAGAAGGGUGCUCCGCUGGUCGAGCGACGACCAGAGAGGACUUUCAUCUCGCGGGAGCUUCCAGAGGCUUGGCAGGGGCGCGCGGCCCUCGGCGAGAUGGUGCGAGGUCACAUGGUGGGAGCCCCAGGGAAGGCCUGGACGCGCGCCUUCUCCGGGGUCAGGCCCACGGGCUGGGCCCUGGCGGCUGCGCUGCUCCUGCCACUGGGCGUCGCGCGGCUGCCGGCAGAAGAGCGAAGGAAGGACCGAUCUUUCUUUAUAUGCCGCGAGAGGUGGCACCCAUUCUACAUCGACGACUUUGGCGCACCCGAGGUCGCCCCAGGGGAGAGCGCGCCUUCGCGCGAUGGCCAGGGCGGCCCGCGCUGGUCAAGGCAGCGGGCCAGCUACACGCGGGCCGGCAUACCGUGGGUCAUUGAUAAGUGUCACGAGGGCCAGGAGGUUGUCGAACGCAUUGGCGCCUUUGUGGAUGGUCAUGCUGGCGUCGUAUCUGCGCCACAGGCUACCCUGCGAUCAACGCUGCGCCUCGCGGUCGCCCAGGUUACUCAGGUGUGUGGAGUUCAGGAUAGCUAUCACGACUUGCCGCAGAGAGGCGGGCGGCGGCCUGCGCUGGCACUGGCGGCCCCGAUUACGCGCAUAAGCUCAUCGCGUCUGUCGCGACUGGGCAGGGUGAGCGCCGAGAUUGAGGGUAUACUGCGCGGGGGCGAGCGCCAGACGAGUCCGCAGGCCGCGGCGAACCCGAAACUGGGCAGAGCCCCCGCACGAGGGUGGCCCAGUGCAUUGGCGGUGGGAUUGUUCGAUAGCGCUGGGGGGCUGGCAGUGGCGCUCAGCCGCCUACCGCGCGAUAUUAUCGGGCGCGCGUCGGCGGAGACGGCUAAGGUCGCGAGGGGGGUCAUCAGACGGAGAUGGCCUGGCCACUGCGACCUGGGCGACAUCGGGAAGGUCGACGACGCGGCGGUCGACCUCCUCUACAACGGCUUCGGCGCCGCGCGCGGCUUGGUUGCGGUCGGUGCCCGUUUCCCGUGCCGCGAGUCAUCGGACUCCUCGUUUGCCAGCCGCUUCACGCAGAAGGCCGAGUGGCUCGUGGAGAAUGUUGCCCCGAUAGGCGACUCGGCGUUGAAUGUGGUCAACGGCGUGCCGAGAGGUAUGGCCGCGGCGGACGCGACGCGGGAUUGGACGCGGGGGCACCGUGCCGAGCAAAAGCCAUGGCCCAGAGCAGCAGUGCAGAUCAAGAGCUGGCGCUGGAGGGUCGCGCUAUCCUACCUGUGGCGGAGCACCGAGAACGGUCGCAUCAAUCUUUUGGAGCUUAAGGGCGUGCGCCAGUGGUCCGCGCUGUGCCUGGCGUGCCAGUUCUACCUCGUGGUCGGGCGCGUGGUGGCAGACGACGACCCGGGCGACUUCCCGUCUCGCGCUCGGCCGUCGAGCCUCGACGUCAGAGUUUCGGCCGCCACAAUGAGACGCUAUCGCGCCGCACCCGAGCUGGACAUGCUGAGCUUCGCGGCCCUCGCCUGCGCCAGCUUCGACUGCAUGUUCAGAACCGCCGAGCUCAUCAAGUUUAAUCGGAGGUCCGCGGGGUGGGCAGGCCAACCGGCUGGCCAGAUAGAAUCCAAGGCGAAGCGGAUAACCGCAGCAACGUGUUAUUUUGGGACGUUCCUGGGUUCUGCCGGGAGAUUUCUGAAGGCGGCAGCCAAGGCUGCAGCCGGGGACACCGCGCUGGAGGCGUUCCUGUCCCGUGGCUGGGAGGAGGCCGGGCUGCUGGGCAUCGGUGCCCGCGGGCAGGUCCUGCACGUGAGGAGGCGAGGGUGCGGCGGCCCUGGCUCCGCGCUGAAGCUGACGAGCGCGGACGAGGUGCGCGCGCUUCAGGAGCUGUCCAGGAACGUCGUCGAGCUCGAGGAGGCCUUCACCGCCCCGGGCCCUGGCGAGGCCUGGGCGCGCCUGGAGCUGCUGGAGGGCGGGUCCCUGCGCGGGCUCCUGCGGGAGCGGCGCCCGGCCGCGCUGCCGGAGGACACGGCGCGGUGGGUGCUCUGCCAGGUGCUGCAGGGCCUGGAGGACCUCCACCACGCCGGCUGGAUGCACCGCGACCUCAAGGCCGAGAACAUAGGCAUACGCGAACCCCCGGGCCUGGUGUCGGCGCCAAGGGUCAAACUGAUGGACUUCGACAGCGCUGUGCGGGUGCCGCCGCGGCCUGAGGCUCUCGCGGAUGUCAUAGGCACGGUCGAGAACAUGGCGCCAGAAGUGUUCGACGGCCAGUACGACGAGCGCGCCGACUGCUGGAGUCUGGGGGUCGUGACCUACGAGUGUCUGUUCGGGUACCGACCUUUCAACGACGCCAGCGUAGACCGCGUCGAGGAGAUGGUGCGCCACUGGGAUCGGUACCUACACUUCCCAUCGGAACACGGCGUUGGCCGCGAUGCGCGCGACCUCGUGCAGGGGUUGCUCCAAGACCGCGAGUCACGGCUGAGCAGCGCCGAGGCCCUGCGCCACCAUUGGCUGCAGCGCGAGCGGCAGUCGCUUACGAGGCCGCAGCAGAGGCCGCAGCCGCCGCAGCAGAAGCCGCAGCCGCCGCAGCAGCUAGAGAAGCGCAGGCUGUUGCGGUCCAGCUUCGCGAUGCCAGCGAUGUCCGCCCGCGCCGGGGGUGCGGACCGUUGCCCCUCGAAGUCCAGCGGCGGCACGGAGUAUCGACCAGCGCCGCUGCAGCAGCUUUGGUCGGCGCUGAAGCCAGGCCGCUCCAGGAAGGCGGAUGAGGACGGCGGCGGCGCCAGUGCCGCUCUGGGCAGGGCCAGCGGCAGCCCCGCUGGCAGCGCAAGCAGCUCGUCGCGGCCCGCCCAGAUGCCCGCCAGUCCGGCCCAACCGUCGUCCCCGACGGCCACGGCAGCCCGCGACGAGGUGUCCAGCCUCCUGCGCCUCCAGCGGUCCUUGUCUGAGUGGAACGCCGCCCAGUCCCAGGCGCCGCACGCCCUGGACGCGGUGAUGCCGGCCGCCGUCAGCGCGACGGACCCGUCGGGGAGAGGGCACCGCCGGAGCGCCGCCUCUCCGCUGGGCCACCGGCGGCAGCGCCCGCCCUGGCGGGAUGCGCCGGCAGCGAUGACGGCGCGGCUGCCCGAAGCGGCGGCCGUGGCCGCCGCGGCCCGAGAGGCGCCGCGGCGGCCCACGCCCCCGCGCACGCCCCCGCGCUCGCCCCAGAGGUGCCAGAGGUCCAGGUCCAUGGGGGACCCGCUGCGUGCGGGCCAGGCUCCGCGCCUGGGCGCCCACCACUACGCGGCCCCGCCUGGAAGUGGCGGCUCGCCCCCCGCGGUAGCACCUGAGGAGGCGGAGGCCGCGGAGCUUGCGGAGAUGGAGCACCUGCGCGCGGUGCGCGAGCGUGCGCAGGAGCUGAUGCGCAGGAUGAGCUCGCAAGCGCCCUCGCUGCCGCCGCCGCCGCUGCAGCAGGAGGACUUCGAGGCGCCUCCCUGCCCAGAUGGAGAGCUGCUGGACGACCUGGCGAAGGACAAGCAGCACCUGGGGCGGCUGCUGGCGCAGCUUCAGCACGACCUUGCCCAGGCCCCAAGAGCGGCGCCCCUGUGA